AUCGCCGCGGCGCCUCGAGAGCCUCCACAACACGGUGCGCGCGGUGGCCGUUUGAAUCUCGGAGCGCAACCUACAUAAAUCGUCGUGCAUCUCGGCCAGGUGGAUUAUCUCCCGCUCACGAGUCCAUAAGGAAAGCAACAUAAUUCUUACGUCGGAUUUACGGACUGCUAACCGACUGCAUAUGGACCGUAAACACUACGGCAUUCUAUGCAUUUAUUCCGUUUUAUUUGCUUAGUGAGUAGUUAGCUAUAUUUGUGCCCGAUAACCGUGAGAAAUGGCCACCGACGAGCUGUCAUCAAAGCUGAACCGUCGUCUGAAAAUCGAGGAGGGCGCCCAGGACCCCGUAGCCGUGGACGGAGACCAUCCGAACGGAUCCGAUGAGCAGGAGAAGCCGACCACGGCCAACGCUGACUCGGAGCUGGGCGCUAAGCUGCAGCGACGGGGCGAGAUGAACGAUGGCGUCGGCGAGCACCAGCAACGCAGCAUGAAGGUGUUUAACCCGUACACCGAGUUCAAAGAGUUCUCCAGGAAGCAGAUCAAAGACAUGGAGAAGAUGUUCAAACAGUAUGACUCCGAGAAGGAUAACUUUAUCGACCUGAUGGAACUGAAGCUCAUGAUGGAAAAGCUGGGAGCCCCUCAAACUCACCUCGGCCUCAAGAACAUGAUCAAGGAAGUGGACGAAGACCUGGAUGGGAAGCUCAGCUUCAGAGAGUUCCUGCUGAUCUUCCGUAAGGCGGCGGCCGGCGAGCUGGCAGAGGACAGCGGUCUCCACGUCCUCGCUCGCCUCUCCGAGAUCGACGUCUCCACCGAGGGGGUCAAGGGCGCCAAGACCUUCUUUGAGGCCAAAGUUCAGGCCAUCAACGAGUCGAACCGCUUCGAGGCUGAGAUCCGCCAGGAGCAAGAGGAGAAGAAGAAGGAAGCGGAGGACCGCAAGCAUCGGCAGGCGGCCUUCAAGAACCUGCAGUCGGCCUUCAAAUGACCGCCGCACUGAGCCCUGCACAGCACAGCACAGGCCCCCUGCCCGUUCCUGCACCCACCCACCCAUCCGUCUGACCGACUGACUGACCAACUGUCCCAUGCAUCCUUCUGUCUAUCUGCAGUGUUUUUCCAUUCCAUAUGCAGUCACCAAUCAGUAAGAAUCUUAUGCAACGUUCACUUAGCUUAGCUUGACACGUGCACCAGAGGUGUGUGUGUGUGUGUGUCUGUGUGGUGGAUUGGACUGGGCUGGGCUUUCUCACUCAUUGUGCUUUAGUGUUUCGUCUCUCAAUUCUUCUAUUUAGUGUUGGCUUUAAAUGUUUGUUUCCAAUCGUCUCUUGUCGGGUUCCGAUUGGCCUAACCAGUCCACUCUGCUUUUGUGAAUGACCUUUGCACUCUGUCCGUGAUGUCAGUUCCUUGUGUCGCAGCACUUUGAGAGUGUUAUUUCCCACAAGGCAACUACUCUGCUUCCCUUUACAGAGGCCUGAUUGCCAUGUGUUUAUACACACACACACACACACACACACACACACACACACACACACCUGAUGUAGAUAUUCUAAAGACCAGGAGUAUAGUUGAUCUCUCUCCUAGGAAGUAUGUGCGUGUAUGCAUAUGCAACAUUUCUCACACACACACACACACACACACACACUCACUCUCAAAGCAGUCAGACCUGUGUCCAGACAGUCAGGGAGUGAGCAGCAGAUAUGUUCUACUAAAUAAGUAUCUACUAAAUGUCCAUCUAGAUUUGUACUCGUGUGUGUGAGUGGGGCGUAUGCAUGCGUGAUGGUCGGUGAUUGGUCGUUUUGAGCUGUCCGUUAUAUGCAUGGUCACUGUGAAGUUCUGACAAUCUUUAACCCGAUUGGUCCCCUGCCUCACAUGCGGAUUGGCUAAGCUGCUGGAAGUCAAGGCCCACCCUCACAGUCUCACUGAAAACUACAAUUCCCUUCAGAUCUGCUCUCUCUCUGGGAAAGACAGCAACUACUGGCCUUGGCUUUCAGAAGGCUGUGUGUGUGUGUGUGUGUGUGUGUGUGUGUGUGUGUGUGUGUGUGUGUGUGUGUGUGUGUGUGUGUCUGUGUGUGUUUGGAGUUCCAGGCCCUACAGUCUCAGUAGGUCUCUUCUUGGUGAAGCUCCGCCCUCUUAUGGUUGUAGAUGAGCGUGUCAUUGACAAUGUUUGAGUAAAUAUAAGAAUAGGAGGUGUGUGUGUGUGUGUGGGGGUUCGACCUUCUGACGUAAUUUCUGAGUAAUUCUGCCGCUUGUGUCUGACCUGCUGCGUAUUGGGGUGAGGGGGUUGAGGUGCACAUGCGUUAUUGACUCCGUGACGACCUGCAGCCAAUCAGAAGUGGCGCUCACACUCACCAGAUUUACGUCCCCUUAAACCUGAAGAAAAGUCUUAGCAAGUCGUAGUUUACCAGAGCACAGGACCUUCUGCACUCUGAGGCUUACACACACUUACACGUGUGCACACAUGCACACACACACACGCAAAGGCAUACAUGUACACACACUCUCUCACACACACACACAUGCACAUAUGCAUUCGAAGGCACGCAUGCUCUCACCCACUCACACACACACACACACACACACACACACACACACACACACACACACACACACACACACACACGCUAAUGCAGCUCUGAACAAUGUGUAAAUCCCAUGUGCGUGUACAGUGUGUGAAGACGAGCUGUUGACGGGGUCCUGUAGUGGACUUGUGGAGUUCAGCGAGAGGCUCGCUUCUCUCUCAGCACAGAUGCCACUAUUACCAUCAUGUUUGCCUGCUUAAAGUAAAAUGACCAUGAAAGUGAUUUUAUGAGCUAUUGUGAAAUGAGAAACAAAAUAAAUAUGAACCAUUUAAAUAAUGUGAAAGUAAACAAAUUAGCACAUUUUUUUUAACACCGCUGUUUUAAUAAAGUUGAUUUGCUUGGCAAUGAGGUACUGGGUGUGUAUUGUAAGACGUUCACUGCUGUCCCAGGUGCGGGUGUGUGUGUGUUGCCGCACUUGGCGUUGUUCGUUUUCGUUCGUCUUCUUCCCCCCUCUGAAAAGAGCAGUGAGAUCACUAGGGCGUGGAGACCUACUGGGUUGUGUACAAAGAGUCAAAUAUUUUUCCAUGAGAAUAAAACUGAAAUGCGUUUAGUUUUGUAUGGUGUGGGGUUCUGUGAAUCAUGAACAUUCUCUUCUCAUUUUUUUCCCUGUUGGUAAUGGCAUCCUCACUUUUUUUUUUUUUUUUUUUUUUUUUUUUUUUUUUCCUGUCACACACAUUUUUCCUGUUGCACAGAGGAGUGCAUUCCAAACACACACACACACACACACACACACACAAACACAACCUGUGUGUACCCAGAGUGUGAGCCCUCUAUAUCCUUCAGUAGUCCAACCCCAGACUCCCCUGAUAACUGUGUGUGUGUGUGUGUAGCUGCAGUCUCUGUCCUCAUCAGCCCUCAUUACGCUGUGCCAAAUUUAGUUAGCUGUGUGUGUGUGUCAGUGAAGUCUGGGUCUCAUACUGAGGUCACUGUCAGGUGAAGAGGGACUCCAAUCACUGAUGGAAUCACUCGAGAGUGACCGGUCAUUACUCUGGUGAGGUCACUAUUGAUUAGCAUUGUUCAGGAACAACACACACACACACACACUCACUCACACUUGGGCAAAUCAACAUUUUGUGAUUAAAGAUUCCAGCCAACUGAUUUGGUCCUUUAUUCCAGAUGAGUGAUGGUGAUAGAGCGGCCCAGAGGUUAGAGGUCGUAGGGCAGAUGAUUCUUGGUGAAGAGGUCCAAAGCGGAUUCUUUAAGUUUGUCCUUGUCCCCUGUAAGUUGUUCCGACACGGCCGCCAACUCUGGAACACCACUAGCAGUUCCGCCAACUCUGGAACACUGCUACCGAUUCUGCCACAUCUAGAACACUGCUACCGGUUCCGGCUGAAAUCUGGGCCAGGUCCGGUCCCGAUGUGUUCCGCAGUCGGCUGCUGUGUGGAUCUGUGUGGGGCCCCCCCACCCCAUCCACACACACACACAAAUGUGUGUGUGUGUGUGUGUGUGUGUGUGUGUGUGUGUGUGUGUGUGUGUGUGGAGCGCUGUACAUGCCCUGGGGUCCUCCUGUCUGAGUCAACAGUCCGACAUGAUGAUGGGUUUGACAUAAUUUCCUGUAGGCUUAAUAUAUUAGAUGAGUGGCUAUUCCAUGAUGCAUAUUUUAUUUUUGAUUUUCUUACUAAAAUGUAUAACUAUUCUUGUGGCAAUAAAUACAUUUACUUUGGAAA